AUGUCUCCUCCGAUCGUAGAGACUACGCUCCAAGCGGCGCUGCUCAGUGUCGUUUCCAAUGUGGCGGCUCAGUACAUCCAGUCGAACAGGCAAGGGGCUGGACUAGAGAUCGACUGGGUGCCCGUAUUCCAGUUUGUGCUUUUUGCCAUGUUUAGCACGCCGCCCAACUAUCUAUGGCAAGACUGGUUGGAGACGACAUUCCCUUCAUACCCAGAUGAGAAGUCGUCGUCGUCGUCAGGCGAAGACAAGAAGAAGGAGGAGGAGUCUGGCGGGGACAAGACCAAGAAGGGAAAGAAGAAGACGACCAACUCCGAGGCCAAGACCGAACCCAAGCUGUCGGUGGUCAACACGGGCAUCAAGCUGAUUCUGGACCAGACAGCUGGAGCGCUGUUCAACGCGCUCCUCUUCAGCACGUUUCACCGAUCCAUGCGGGAGGCGCUGGUGGACGCGCCGCGCGAGACAAGCAUCAUCAAGGCGCUCGGGUUCUGGAACAGCCCCGGGGCUAUCGACUUUGGGCGCGUCGACUGGGGAGGCGUGUGGGAGACGUCGCUGGCCGAGCUCUGGCCCACCUUGGUGGCUGGGUGGAAGAUGUGGCCGGCCGUGUCGCUCAUCAACUUUACCAUGGUCAGGACCGUCGAGGCCAGGAACCUGGUUGGCGGGCUGGCGGGGAUUGCCUGGGGGACCUAUAUGAGCUUGAUGGUGGCGGAGUGA